ACCGCCAGUAGGAUUAGGAGCCCGGAUCGCUGGGAGUCCUGCCCUGCUCUGUGGGCUCUGUUCAGCAGGUUCUGCAAGCCAGGCGAUGUGACAUCGGUUACAGCUAUCCUAUAUAUAUAUAUUUCCUCCACCUCGGAAGACAAGCGCAGGCUGAUUGCAUGUGGGCUUGUUCUGGGACAGGGCGACGGCUGAAAAGAGCGAGAGGGGGAUUUAGACAGUGCAACCGCCGCGGCUGACAGGUGCUCGCGUGGAGCGGCGUGGAGAUGCCCAUCCAAAGGACCGUGUCCGAUCUCCGCUCCCGGGCGGAAGGCUAUGAGAAGACAGAAGACGCUUCUGAGAAGACCUCUUUGGCUGACCAAGAGGACUCCAGGCUGAUCUUCAUUAACCAGCCGCAGCUCACCAAGUUCUGCAGCAACCGAGUCAGCACGGCAAAAUACAACGUGCUCACAUUUUUGCCACGCUUCCUCUACUCCCAGUUCCGGAGGGCAGCCAACUCCUUCUUCCUCUUCAUUGCGCUCCUGCAGCAAAUCCCAGAUGUGUCCCCAACUGGCCGUUGGACCACCCUGGUGCCCCUCCUUUUCAUACUAGUGGUGGCAGCCGUCAAGGAGGUCAUUGAAGACCUGAAACGUCACAAGGCAGACAGUGUCGUGAACAAGAAGGAAACCCAAGUGCUAAGAAAUGGAGCCUGGGAAAUAGUACACUGGGAAAAGGUGACAGUUGGGGAGAUAGUAAAGGCCACCAACGGGGACCAUCUUCCAGCAGACCUCGUCAUUCUCUCAUCCAGUGAGCCACAAGACAUGUGCUACAUUGAAACCUCCAACCUCGAUGGAGAAACCAACCUUAAAAUCAGGCAGGGCCUGCAUAUUACGGCAGACAUCAAAGACAUUGCCAGCCUGACCCGGCUUACCGGCCGAAUGGAGUGCGAGAGCCCCAACCGGCAUCUCUAUGACUUUGUGGGGAACAUCCGGCUCGAGGGCUUCAGCACCGUGCCUCUGGGACCAGACCAAAUUCUGCUGAGAGGGGCCCAGUUAAGGAACACGCAAUGGGUGCAUGGCAUCGUGGUCUACACCGGCCAUGACACCAAGCUCAUGCAGAAUUCCACCCGGCCUCCCCUAAAGCUGUCCAACGUGGAGCGUAUCACCAACUUCCAGAUCCUGGUGCUCUUCGGUUGCCUGCUGGCCAUCUCUCUCAUCUGCUCCAUCGGACAGACCAUCUGGAAGGGUAGCCAUGGCAACGGCGUCUGGUACAUGGACCUCAGCUUCGGCGGUGCUGCCAACUUUGGCCUCAAUUUCCUCACCUUCAUCAUCCUCUUCAACAACCUGAUCCCCAUCAGUUUGCUCGUCACCCUAGAAGUGAUCAAGUUUAUCCAGGCCUAUUUCAUCAACUGGGAUAUGGACAUGCACUACGAAGUUACUGACACGCCCGCAAUGGCUCGAACCUCCAACCUUAAUGAAGAACUAGGGCAGGUGAAAUACAUCUUCUCAGACAAAACUGGGACAUUGACGUGCAACGUUAUGCAGUUCAAGAAGUGCACUGUCGCGGGCAUCGCCUAUGGCCACCACUUUGACCCUGAAGAUUACAGCUCCAUGGAUGAUGACUGGCACACCAUGUUAACUGAAGAAGCAGGAUUCAGUGACCCCAGCCUCCUAGAGAAUCUGCAGAGCAACCACCCCACGGCCCCCGUCAUCCUGGAGUUCAUGACCAUGAUGGCCUUGUGUCACACAGCCGUCCCUGAGAGGUCAGGUGACACUAUCAUCUACCAGGCAGCUUCUCCAGACGAGGGGGCAUUAGUGAGGGCCGCACGGAACCUGGGCUUCGUGUUCACUGGCAGAACUCCGGACUCCGUCAUCAUUGAAUCUCUUGGUGAAGAAGAAAAAUACGAGCUGUUAAAUGUCCUGGAGUUUACAAGCAACCGGAAGAGGAUGUCUGUCAUCAUGCGGACCCCAUCUGGAAAGAUACGGCUGUACUGCAAGGGGGCUGACACGGUCAUCUACGAGCGGCUGGCAGAGAGCUCCAGGUACAAGGAGAUCACGCUCAAGCACCUGGAGCAGUUUGCCACAGAGGGUCUGCGGACACUGUGCUACGCGGUAGCCGACAUCUCCCCGGCAACAUACCGCGAGUGGCUGGAGGUGUACCAGCGCGCCUCGACUGCCCUGAACAAUCGGGCCCUGAAGCUGGAGGAGAGCUACGAGCUCAUCGAGAAGAACCUGCAACUGCUGGGUGCCACAGCCAUUGAGGACAAGCUGCAGGACAAGGUCCCCGAGACCAUCGAGACCCUCAUGAAAGCUGACAUCAAGAUCUGGAUCCUGACCGGGGACAAACAGGAGACAGCCAUCAACAUCGGACACUCGUGCAAACUGCUGACGAAGAACAUGGGCCUCAUGGUGAUCAACGAGGGUACCCUGGACGGCACCAGGGAGGCCCUGAGCCGCCACUGCAGCAUGCUGGGAGACGCCCUGCGCAAGGAGAACGACUUCGCCCUCAUCAUCGACGGCAAGACCUUGAAGUACGCGCUGACCUUCGGGGUGCGCCAGUACUUCCUGGACCUGGCGCUGUCCUGCAAGGCGGUCAUCUGCUGCAGGGUGUCGCCGCUUCAGAAGUCUGAGGUGGUGGAGAUGGUGAAGAAGCAGGUGCGGGUGAUAACGCUGGCCAUCGGGGAUGGUGCCAACGACGUGGGCAUGAUACAGACGGCCCACGUGGGCGUGGGAAUCUCGGGCAACGAGGGCCUGCAGGCAGCUAACUCCUCUGAUUACUCCAUCGCUCAGUUCAAGUACCUGAAGAAUCUUCUUCUAGUUCAUGGGGCCUGGAACUACAAUCGGGUUGCCAAGUGUAUCCUGUACUGCUUCUACAAGAACAUCGUCCUCUACAUCAUCGAGAUCUGGUUUGCCUUCGUCAAUGGCUUCUCGGGUCAGAUCCUGUUUGAGCGUUGGUGCAUUGGCCUUUACAAUGUGCUCUUCACCGCCCUUCCCCCCCUGACUCUGGGCAUAUUCGAGCGCUGCUGCCAGAAGGAGAACAUGCUGAAGUACCCCGAGCUUUACAAGACCUCCCAGAAUGCCAUGGGCUUCAACACCAAGGUGUUUUGGGCUCACUGUCUGAAUGGUCUCUUCCACUCAGUCAUCCUCUUCUGGUUUCCUCUGCAAGCAUUCCGCCAUGAUACGGUGUUUGGGAGUGGAAGGACAGCAGACUAUCUUCUCCUGGGGAACAUGGUCUACACGUUUGUGGUUAUAACAGUUUGUCUGAAAGCUGGACUGGAAACCUCAUCUUGGACUAUGUUCAGCCACAUCGCCAUCUGGGGCAGUAUUGGACUGUGGAUAGUGUUCUUUGGCAUAUACUCCUCCCUGUGGCCCUUUAUACCCUUGGCCCCAGACAUGUCUGGAGAGGCACAUAUGAUGUUCAGUUCAGGGGUGUUCUGGACCGGCCUUCUCUUCAUUCCUGUUACCUCGCUCGUCUUUGACCUGGCCUACAAAGUGUUCAAGAAGUCCUGCUUCAAGACCUUGGUUGAUGAAGUUCAAGAGCUGGAGGCCAGGUCUGAAGAUCCCGGGGCUGUAGUUCAUGGGAAGAGCUUGACGGAGAGGGCCCAGCUCCUGAAGAACGUCUUUAAGAAGAACACGGUCACCAUGUACAGCUCAGAGUCCAUGCAGCAGAAUCUGCUCCAUGGCUACGCCUUCUCCCAAGAUGAGAACGGAGUGGUCUCCCAGUCAGAGGUCAUCCGGGCAUAUGACACCACCAAGCGGAGGCCGGACGAGUGGUGAGGCCCGGCCCCGAACCCCCAGCUGAGCUCCUAGCCCCUCCUUCCCCCGAGCCGCAGCGAUGGCGUCGCGUGGCGUGGGAAAGGACUGAUGAGACUGACAAGGCAAAGGCCGGGAGCGACUCCCUUUGCCGUUUUUAGCGGGAGAGAAGACGGGAGACAGAUCUAUGGAGCAGGGAAGGAAUUUGAGUAACAAAGACUUCAACGUUCAUGUGUUUUAGGUGUGUUUCAAGCAGGCACAAGCACUGCAUUCAUGUUCAGUGGUAUGAAUUUCUCUCUACGGGGCAGACAGAAGAGGGAAGAUGUUUUAUUUCAAGCUGUUGGCUCUGGUUGGGAGGAGGGGUGAAGGGUGGGGGGUUCUUACUGAAUGGAGCCAAACAGCUUGUCUUAAUUUACAGUAUCGUAAGAGCGAGUCCAUGAUUACAGCUCCGUAUUUCCACGAGCGUCUGGCUGAGGUUCCUCAUUAGGCAUCGGCACGUUAAUCUGCGCCACAGGUGCAGGAAAUCCACACCCCUUCCGGCGAGAGACAGCGGCCACCCAGCGCAAGCUGAGAGCCGUGAGCGGAGAGCACCUCAGUGUUUGUUGCCAAAGAGUCACCGAUGUGAUCGACCUCUGUGCUCCAAUCCGUGGAUGAAAUACCAAGACGUUCCCCUUGUUCCGGCUGGCAUAUUCUCACCCUCCGGCCCAGGAGGAUUUUGCAGGAUGUGUGUGUAGAUAAGGAUAUGCCAGUCCGUUUGCGUCUGAAUUCACAAGAUCUGUAACAGCUAUGGUGUAUGCCAAGGCCUCAUUAUAUAUACAUUGAAGCCUUCACCUUGUGGUCAUUUUUAAUUUGGGAAACUGGUUGUUUUUAGACCUGUUUAUAAACACAUAGAUAGUCACGCAUAUAUGAUAUUUUAUUUUAAAGGUCGUUGUCACCACACUUGUGGAUCAGCGUGUUCUAGAGCAUAAGCUGUACCUUCCAUUUACUCAGACGUGGUGUUAAUGAUCUGCGCCUUAAAGAACGUUGGAGAUCUCAGCACUAAACUCGGAGGGCACUCGCAAAAUUAAGAGAAAAUUAACAGAAUUCAAAGGCAUUGCAUUCGAUAGCGGGGGAGAGAGAUGUCGCCUGAGUUUUGAAUCUGCGUUGUCAUGUUAGCUCUUCGAAUAGAGUUUAUCCCUUGAAACAGAAGUGCCAUUAAGCUUUGGAGGGGGAAGAGUGGAAAUACCAGGUCACUGGCAGUGUACUUCUCUCUAGUUCUUUUGUGUAUCCAUAUUUUUAUAUUGUUAAAAAAUACAUCACACAAGCAUGCUUUAUAUAUUUUUUCCAAUCCAGACCUAAUUUUAACAUGCUUUGAAAAACUUGUGAAAAUUUUUGUGUGUCGUUCCUGUAUUGUUGUUGUUUUGAAGUUACUACUCUUAUUUUUUUUUAUUAUUAUUAUUAUUAAUGUUAUUACUGCUCUUGCUGCUUAGGUUUAAGUUCUGUCUGUGAGGUCGUCCUUCUCUCCCUAUGGGAGAAUAGUCAUUGUACUUUUUGUGUGUGUGUGUGUGCGUGUGCGUGCGUGUGUGUUCCUGCAGGGGGGCGCCAUUGCGUCGAGCCCAUUCUGUUUAUCGUGAGCGCUGGUUGCGCAAGUGCCAUUCGAAGUGUAUUGCCGACGUACAGCAUGAUGCUAUGUGUGAAAGCAAGAGACUGUGUGCCGCCAGUUUGCAUGAACCCCCCCCCCCCCCCGCAUGGCCUGUCGUACAGCCCCUGCGCUGUUGAGUUCCAUCUCAUUACGCUGCCACUGGACACAAGUCUGUCAGCCUGGCAACUCAGCUGCGUUCCCAUACCUUCCUAUCGGCUUGUGUUGCUGGUUGACUGUAAUCGUGGUUACAUGUAGUGGUCAAUAGCAUGUUUUAACUUUCAACAGUGUUUCUCCAGAGGGACACCUUUGACAAGUCGUCUGUUAGCGGGAUUCAUGCUGGCUUCCUCCCAGACAGUAAACUGCAUGUCUGGUAGAAUCUCCUGUGUGAACAACACCUUGAUGCUCAGCCUGGAAAAUCAAUCUGCCGAUGAUACACGGAUUGAUUUAUCCCUUCAUGGGUGUCCGUGUUUACACCUACUGUCCAAAUUCCACGCACCUUUUUUGAAUCUUGUUCAUCUUAUUUGAGGGAGAAGCAUGAACUUGGCUUGGGGGCUUUGAUAUUGGAGGGGGGGGGUUGACAUCCACUUUCCAGAAUGUUCUGUCUGUGGAAUCAGUGGCUGCAUGAAUGGAAAGUGUUGUUCAGUUCAGUGUUAAUGGUACUUUGUUUCUAUUUCAGGAAUUUAACACUUGAAAUGCACUUUUUCGAAUGUGUUUUUUUCCUUUGUUUUUAUUUGUCCUGACUUAUUUUACUUGCGUUGUGAUUCUACUGCAUGUUAACAGCUGCAACUUUUAAAUGUUAUGUCUUUUACUGCCAUGAAGGACAAUGGAAAUAAAAUUUACAAAAUAAGAGUGUUU